AUGUCACUUGACCAGACCGUCUGUGAAGAUCUCAAAGCUUUUGAAAGGAGACUUACCGAAGUAAUUGCUAGUUUGCAACCUUCAACGCUGAGAUGGAGAAUACUUUUAGGUUUUAUUUCAAUUUGUACAGCAGUAGGAGCAUGGCAUUGGUUAACAGAUCCAAAUACAUCAGCAGUAUCAUUUACACAAAGUCUUUAUAAUCAUCCUAUUUUUGCAUUAGCUAGUAUUUUAUUAGUAAUAUUAUUCAUGCUUGGAGUCCACGGACGUGUGAUAGCACCAAGUAUAAUAACACAACGAGCGCGUAGUGUUUUGCGUGAUUUUAAUAUGAGCUGCGACGACACUGGAAAACUCAUCUUGAAACCAACUCGACCACUGCAUCCACACGAAACUUGA